UUUUUUUUGCAAGCAAGCAUAAAAAGGGUAAAGCUUUAACAACUUACGGGAGAUGAACAAAACGUUGGUUGGAGAUGUUAGCAAAGUUGGGAGAUGCUGAAAAGCCUUGGUAGGAGAAGAGGAGGUGGAUGGCCGGGACAAGCAGAUCAGAAAGAAUUGAUUGCUGAAUUGGGGGAGUAGACUGGAGCCCAAACCAGUUCCUGUCUUGCAAUUUUCUCUUCCAACGAUGAACCCAGAAGAUAUUUUUAUUUUCCACUGCAAGCUCACCAACCCAAGCGUUGGGCUCAAGGUCAUCCACACCAGGCAAGUUGGCACUUAAUACUUUCUUUUCAAUCUGCUCCAGUUGAUUGGGAAUUGAAUCUACAAAGCAAUAGAAACACGGUACAUGCAAGGGUGAAUUUUGACUUGAGACUGAGGAAGAGGCAGUUUCCGAAUUAGUAGGAGAGUGAGAGCUCAACUAUUCUUUUCUUUUGGUUGGCGGCCGCAUGCUCAUGAAAUGGCUGGGUCUUUUGUGACAUUAUUCCAAUGGAGGCUGAACUCUGUUCUACUGCAAGAGAAUGAAAUUCUUUUGGCUGUGAAGGAUCAAAUCCUGUCACUCGUUAACAAACUUGAUGAGGUUGGAAGCUUUCUGGGACAUCCUGUUUUUUGGACGCUGCAUGCUCGUGAAAUGGCUGAGUCUUUUCUGAAACUAUUCGAACCAUACCUGAAAAAGAAAGGAAAUGAUGAAAUGAUGUCACUCAUUAGGCAACUGGAUGAGGUUACCAGAGUUGCAGGAGAUGUGGAGAGAAUCAGGGCAUGCUGCCAAACUUGGGUGAGUGAGUUAAGGGUAAUGCUCCACGAGGCAGAGGAUUAUGUUGAUGAUUUCAUAAUUAAGGUGUAUGGGCAAACUGGGCAGGAUCGGAAAGAGUCGAUUGCUGAAUUUGGAAGUGAACUUGAGAAUAUCAACUCGCGAGUCUCAGAAAUCAUGAACAGAAGGCCUCGACUUGGGGCCUCCCCUAUCUUAGAAGAGAUUCAACAAUUCCUCAAAUCGAGGUUUGCUUUUGAUGAAGAUGAUGAGGAAACUGCUCUUGCCUCUUGCAUGUUAAAUUACAUAAAUCUACCCUAUGACCUUAAACUCUCUUUGCUAUUCUGCUGUGCCUUUCCUGGUUACUAUCGAAAGACAAAAGGUGCAUUAGUUCGAGUUCUGGUAGCAGCAGGUUUAAUACAAGAAAAACCUGGAGAACUGAUGGAGGACAAGGCCCAGGAAAAUAUAGAAAGGUUGUUGGACCUGGGAAUGCUUGAACAAGAUGAUGUCGCGUGGGAUUGUUUUAGAGUUCCGAGUCCAUACUAUCAGUUAUCUCGGAGCGUAACAACUCGUCAUGUAUCAAUUCAUGACGCAGAAAUCACCAUCACAAACAUGAACAGUCCCCUACAUUCACUGUUUGUUUCUGCAAAGGUUGGCCUUUCAAAGGCCAGCUCAGAUUGUUUGGAAACUGUGUUGUACAAUGCAAAACGUGUGCAAGUGUUGGACUUAGAAAAUACACAACUAAAGAGCUUGCCUGAUGGAGUAGGGAAAUUGGUGAACCUAAGGUAUCUGGGUGUGAGGCAUUCCAAAAUAAAUGAGCUUCCUGAGAGCAUCAGCAAUCUUCGGAACCUACAAACCUUGGAUAUCUCCUGGUCUGGGAAUGAAUUUGAGCUGUCAAAUGGAGUUUUGAAUCUUGCACAACUGAGGCACCUGAAGGGGUUUCGACCUAUGAAUGAUGGUGAGGUUAGAGUUCCACCAGGUAUCUCAAGACUCAGAAACCUCCAGACUCUAGAAGGUAUAUACGCAGGUGGUGGCAUUGCCAAGGAGUUAGGCAACAUGACACAACUCAGAUCACUCGAAGUGAGAUGUCUUUCAGAUGAUCAUGCAGAUGAGCUAUAUGCUUCUGCCACGAAAUUAACUGGGCUUAGGAACUUGUCUCUUACUGUUGAGAUGAAUAGGAUCGCUUAUGACUCCAGCAGCUCAUUUCGGUAUGAGAAUUCGCUUUUCCCCUGCUUAGAAUCCUUCUCACCUCCGCCACUACUUGAAACACUUGAGCUAGUAGGGUGUUUAACAGAGAUGCCUCUUUGGCUUGGCUCAAUGGAGAACCUCACCAAGUUAUAUCUGCGCUACUCUCAUCUUUCUGAGAAUCCAACUACAAUUUUGCAGCUCCUUCCCAAUCUGAAAUGUCUUGAAAUAUGGAGUGCUUACAAAGGGAAGCGUAUGGAAAGAGAGUUCUCCAGAGCUGGAGGAUUCCCUAAAUUGGAGUAUCUCACCAUUGCUUCUGAUGAUCUGGUGGAAUGGACAGAGAUUGAAGAGGGGGCACUGCCUUCCUUAAAACAACUAAGUUUUUCCAACUGCAUGAGACUGAUGGUUCUGCCUGAAGGACUGCAACAUGUAACCACACUCCAAAUAUUGGAUUUGUGGAAUGUGCACGAGGAUCUUAUUCGGAGGUUGAGCCCCAAUGGAGGUCCAGAGAAUUAUAAGAUCAAACACAUUCCAGUAGUAAAAUAUCUCGGGCAAAUGUCACGGGGGUUUUGGACCCAAUGACAAAUUUUAUGAGUUUUAUCAAGUUAUAAUGAUGUUCAGGAUUCAAUCUCAUGGAGAAGUUGCUUCAAAUAAGUAUCGAAAAUAAAUCUAAAUUGUGUAUGGUUAUCUUAACUAUAUUUGAAAAAUUCUUCUGCAACUUGACUUUGAUAAGGGAGACCUUCAAUUCCAAGUCCAUGAUUCCUUCCUUACUCAAUAAUCUGUAGAUGCAAAGAAAUUACAGUUUUUUUUAGUCUAUUCUUCUUUU